UCGAUUCUACGGAUAUUCCAAAGAUUCAUGGACUACCAGAAGCUUCAGGAUGGCCUAUAUUUGGAAGUUUAUUUGAACUAGGUGGUAAUCAUUCCAAGGCUCUUUCAAAAAUGGCUAAGAAACUUGGUCCUGUAUUUCAAAUACGUAUGGGAAGUAAACGAAUUGUUGUUGCAAAUUCAUAUGAUUCUAUUAAACAAUUUUGGGUUAAAAAUCAAGCUGCACUUAUUAGUAGACCUACAUUACAUACAUUUCAUAAUGUUGUUAGUAGUGAAGUUUUAUCGAUAGGAACUUCACCUUGGGAUGAAUCAUGUAAACAACGACGUAAAGCAGCUGCAACAGCAUUAAAUAAACCUGCUGUACAAUCAUAUAUGCCAAUUAUUGAUCUUGAAUCAUAUGUGGCAAUUACUGAAAUAUUACAUGAAUGUAAAAAUGGAAAAGCAGAUAUUAAUAUUAUUCCACAUCUUCAACGAUUUGCAUUGAAUACAUCACUUACACUUAAUUAUGGUACACGUAUUGCUUCAUCAUCAGAUGAACUUCUUAAAGAAAUUGUUGAAGUUGAAGGAGCAGUUGCAAGAUUUCGAUCUGCAUCAAAUAAUUGGCAAGAUUAUGUUCCACUUCUUCGUCUUUUUCCUGCUCGAUCCAAUGAAGCGAAUGCAGUUCGUCUUCGUCGUGAUCGUUAUCUUGGAUAUUUACUUGGUGAAUUGAAAAAAAAUAUUGCUAAUGGUGUCGAUAAACCAUGUAUUACAGGCAAUAUUCUUAAAGAUCCAUCAGCAAAAUUAAAUGAAACUGAAAUUAAAAGUAUAUGUUUAACUAUGAUUAGUGCUGCUCUUGAAACAAUUCCAACAAAUAUUAUUCUUGGUAUUGGCUAUCUUUCAUCCGCACACGGUCAAGAAAUUCAAGAACGAGCAUAUAGAGAAAUUCUAGAUGUUUAUCCUGAUGGUGAUGCAUGGGAACGAUGUUUAACAGAAGAACGAGUACCAUAUGUUACUGCAUUAUAUAAAGAAAUUCUUCGUUUUUAUACUGUUCAUCAUAUGAGUCUUCCUCGACGUAGUAUACAAGAUAUUGAAUAUAAUGGUGCUCAAAUUCCAGCUGGAACAUCUUUUUACAUGAAUGCAUUUGCUGGUGAUUAUGAUGAAAAUCAUUUUGAAGAUCCAUAUACUUUCAAUCCAGAUCGUUAUCUUGGUGAUGCUGAUGGUACGCCACAUUAUGGAUAUGGAGCUGGAAGUAGAAUGUGUAUAGGUGCUCAUCUAGCAAAUCGAGAACUUUUUACUUUUUUUAUUCGACUUAUUGUAGGAUUUAAAAUUCUUGGACCAAUGAACGAGGCAGAUGCAGCAAUCACAGAUGGAAUGGAAGUUAAUGCUCUUCCUACGGCUCUAGUAGUUCAACCUAAAAAAUUUAAAUGCCGUUUUGAACCAAGAAAUUUGGAAGAUCUUGAACUUUGGAUAGAGAAUAGUAGACAAAGAGCAGAAAUCUAUUAA